AUGGCAGAUAGCGCGGACAACGUCGUCGCUUCCACCGGUCAAAGUCGGAAACCCAGAGCCUAUGAGACUAGUGGCCAGCGAAAUGACCGUGGGUAUCGACUUAUUGAACAUAUUCACGAUCUACCCCUCGAAGAGAUGAACAGCGAUGGUGGUCGCGAUCCCUCACCGAAGCGAAGGCUUUCUGGGUAUGGAAGACCGCGGGACAAAGCAUUCAUAGAAAAGACAGACGUGUUCGCGCUUCUCAGCUGUUUGGUGUUAUUCAUCGCGGCCUUCGUCACAGUAUCGCCAUCCACGUCGACGCCCUGGAAGCUUGGGCUCACUCGUCAAUUUCAAGUAAUCGGAUUCUUGUUGAGUGCGAUGAAUUUAUGCUUCUUAAGCAUCGCGCCCAAGAUUUUCGUUCUCCUUGAGGCUCGCUUUGGCCCUUCGUACCUUCAGAACUAUGACGCUAUCUUACGCAACUCUUUCGUCAAGACUAAUACGAACAUCGUCUGGCGUGGACUUCUGGUCACAGUCACAGUUGUGCCUGUCGCUCUAAGUUUAGCAUACAAAGAAUUCAAUCAUGGAAGAAGCCAUAACACUCUGGGGAACCAUACCGGCAAUUUCUACGGUCUUCUCCCUGCUGCUGGGCUUGAAGAUCGAUUCGUUGGCCUCACAUUUUUCGAGAAUACUACGGUAUCAUUCACCUCAGCGACGUUCGCUGAUCCACCAUUACCAUCAUUCCCAAGUCCCUAUGGAUUCAAUACCUUAUUGCUCUCAAAUACCUCUUCUGCCAAGCUCGAUGCUCCGUCCCCCAAAUACGUUCGCCAUAUUCAGACCAAUUUGAUCUCUGAUGAGACAUAUAACCUUACCGCAGAUGUACUCGCAACAGUGACAACUUACAACAGCUCCGUCGAAACCCAUCGAAAUGACGACCAAUUUUGGAAUCAUUAUCUCAGCUUGAUGCACGACCCUCCCAAUAAAUAUAUCAAUCAGUCCGAUGCCUCGGACAAGGAUGCGUACCUUGUGUCGAAACUUACCAGUCAAGACCUGUAUACCGGCAAAUGGCUCUCAAUGCUCGUCAACAGCCUUUAUAGGACAGAUACGUCCUGGAUGUUCUUCGCCAUCACCCCGCCAAACGCUACUGAGUUCCGACGCUCCGCUCGACUUUACCAUACACGCAGAGAAAGCUGCACCGGAACGUGGCGAAUUACAUACAACUCCAUUGAACUCGUUCACGGUCUUUGUAACAAGCCCCCUUUAUCUGAUGAUCGCCAGAAAAUCUUCACGAAUGCCACCUUUGCUUUGCCGGAGUGGUACAUGCCUUCCCUCUCCGAGCACCUUGGGCCUCUUACCGCCCCCGAGCGUGCAAAUAGUCCCUGGCUGCUACCAACCUAUUGUACCCUCUUUGCAGGAAUGUACUGGUCACGCAUCACGGCAUUCAACACCAAAAGUCUGUUUGAUUAUCAAAAGACCACAGAACAAGACAUCGAUAGCGGUCCGGACCCGAACAGAUCGCCGGACGAUUACUAUCACGUCGCGGACAAGGUGACGUCGAGUAGACGGACAAUGAACGCUUCGCCCGGCUUGUAUGUCACUCUCGCUAUCUAUCCGAUUCUUACGGCUCUAUUUUUUACGGCAAGUCUUUUGCUGCACAAUGUGCCUCUAGACAGUGGGUUUGGAACCAUUGCGCUGCUUGCCGGGGUUCGAGUGGAGACUCUGAGCCUGUUGGAGGGAGCCUCGAGGUCUGGAAGACUGCGAAAACCAAUCAGAGUUGCCAUCAAUGCGGACGAAAGGCGGGUCGAAGGGGACGGUGGGACAGGUGGCCGCAAUGAAUAUAUACUACAUGACGAGAAAGUAGGAUGGAGGGGCAAGACACUUGGCUAA